AGUGGCAAUCGACGGUCCCUCAAAGGCUCCGACUUGCAAACCAAGCCAACUGUCUCGAAAAAAAGGUUACCACAACUUCACUUGAAAUGAAAAAAAAAAUUGAAAAUGCCCUUCUUUAUCGAGAAAUUAUAACAACACAUUGGAGAUGCAGCCGGUUGCAGUUGCUGCAUUCCCCAACUGCUGUUAUCCCGUCCCCAACCGCUUCCUUCAUUUCCAUUUCAAAGAAAAUCCCUCCAAUCUUUCUUUUCCCAGGAACCAAUCCCACAUCAGAAACCUCUGUUCUUUAACUCUCCCCACGACAACUAGCAAUUUCAGCAAACCCCAACAAGAGAACCAGAACAGGACAAACAGCCACACAUACCCAGAUCAGAAAUCCACAUUCCUUGACCAGUUUUACUCUUCCUUUAGCAAAAUCAACGUAAAUAACCAAGACCCAGAUCCCCAAAACGAAGAUAAAGAAGAGAACAAACACCCCAGAAAGACCAAAUUUUGGCAUUUCCUCGGAGUUAUUUUCACAAACAUGUGGUGGACAGAUUUGAAAGCUGCGGUGGGACAAAGAAUCAAUGUUGAAGGCAUUGUUUCGUCGGUUGGAGUGUUCGUUAGAGACCGUCACUUGGCGUUGCCCCAUGUUGCAGUGCGUGAUAUAAGGUGCAUUGAUUGGAAUGAGCUGCACAGAAGAGGGUUCAAAGGUGUUGUUUUCGAUAAGGAUAAUACGAUUACUGCUCCUUAUUCUUUGACGCUUUGGCCUCCUCUUGAGCCUUCUAUUGAGCAGUGCAAAGAUGUGUUUGGUCCUGAUAUCGCCGUGUUUAGUAACUCUGCUGGUCUUUUAGAGUAUGAUCAUGAUGGUUCGAAGGCCAAAAAACUAGAGGGGACUAUUGGUAUUAAAGUCAUAAGGCAUAGGGUGAAGAAACCAGCUGGAACAGCUGAAGAAAUCGAGAAACACUUUGGAUGUCAAUCAUCGCAACUUAUCAUGGUGGGUGAUCGGCCCUUCACUGAUGUAGUUUAUGGAAAUCGAAAUGGGUUUUUGACUAUAUUAACUGAGCCACUGAGUCUUGUUGAGGAGCCAUUCAUUGUUAGGCAGGUUCGGAGACUAGAGCUGACCCUCAUAAAUCGGUGGUUUAGAAGAGGUUUGAAGCCAAUUAGUCAUAAUUUACUGCCAGAUACCAUGCACUGUGUGAAAGAUCCAUCUCCUCUGUGCUGUGCAAACAGUUGCAUGCUGGAAACGUGAAAUUGUGGAAGCAUUCUGGAUAAGUAGAAGGAAAGGGGUUGGUUAAGGGGUGGGGAAGUAAUUAUAAAGGAACCGUGAGAAAAGAGUAUUUUUUGCCUUUGAGGCUUUGAUUUAUUGUAGAGCAUAAAUAAUCCAGCUGACUAAAGGAAAGUUGUUAGCAUUUCUGUUGGUGAGGAGCACAGUAUAGAAUCAGAACAGACAUAAUUGGGCAGCUAAAUUCUUUUUGUUUUGUCUGAUUUAGAAAUGGAAUUGGCCAGCUGAAAUCUUAUUGUUUUGUCGGAGAGAA